AUGGAAAUUAUGGAGGAAUUACAGUAUUUUUUACAUUUCUAUUGGACCACACUCACCUCUUCCACUGUAAUUGGGCACCUUGAUGCUGAACAAAUGAACAUCCCAACGUCUAACUAUGCGAAGCUGUUUCAGAAGUUUGUUUUGGGUGUGAACAUAAUGCUUUUUACUCUGCCUCAUUCCCAAAUUUUGCGUUCAGACUCAUUUAUUUCAAGUAAUAGGGAGUACAUUCGACAGGAAACUCUAAGUUCAGCUUUCACUAAAGUGUCAAAUAAGCUAAAUUUAGAUAUUCUUUUUCGCUUUCGAAAAAAAAAAUUAGAAUGCUUAAUUAAUUCCUUUGAAAUUAAAUCACUUUGCAUUUUUAUGCUUAUAUUUUUUAAGGAAUCGAAUGUUAGUCCCCUAAAGGUUUCAUUUUCUGGUACAAAACCACAAUGCUCUCUGUGCCUUUUUGUUUGUAAAACCCAUUUAAGUGAUGCUCUUGUUCUUAAAAACACAUUUACCAUUUUAAUUCUUAGUUCAUUUAUGAAUCCCGCAUUUCCUCAAAUGGAAUUAGCGUCUUUUUUUAAACGAAUCCGCCUAAAUGACGCUGAUGACAAUUCAGUAGUAUGUGGCAACCAUUCAAAUUCUCUUAAAAUUUCCAUCUCUGCGUAUAAUCGAAAUGCUCUUUGCUCAUAUUUUGUUCGCAAAAGCAGUUCAAAUGAUUCUUGA